GGGGCGGGCGCUGAAGCGAGGGAAGGCGGUGCCUCUGUUGCGUGCCGUGACGGUCUGUAUGCCGUCGUCUGGUCCGGAGGAGGUCCGGACUGGGCUGGGUGGUUGGGGGUGCGGCUGGAAACGUGGCCGCUGCGGAGAGUGAGAAGAUUAUAAAUGACAGAGCCAUUUAACUGAUGGUUGGCUGUUGAAUUCUGAUACUUUCUUAAUACCUUCUUGCACCAACAUCUUCACUGGGAGGAAUUCAGCAAAAGUAGAGAAAAGGAGAGACAGCAUUCAUAUUUACCAUGGCUAUACCAAUAACAGUGCUUGACUGUGAUCUCUUACUGUAUGGCCGAGGUCACCGGACAUUGGACCGCUUUAAGCUGGAUGAUGUGACUGAUGAAUACUUGAUGUCCAUGUAUGGGUUUCCUCGACAUUUUAUUUAUUACUUGGUGGAGCUCCUGGGGGCAAGCCUAUCUAGACCUACUCAGCGAUCCAGGGCUAUUAGCCCAGAGACACAGAUCCUUGCAGCAUUGGGCUUUUAUACCUCAGGUUCCUUCCAGACUCGGAUGGGAGAUGCUAUUGGAAUCAGUCAGGCCUCUAUGAGUCGUUGUGUUGCCAAUGUAACCGAAGCACUUGUGGAGAGGGCCUCACAGUUCAUUCACUUUCCAGCUGAUGAAGCUUCCAUGCAGGCUCUGAAGGAUGAAUUCUAUGGUUUGGCAGGGAUGCCAGGGGUGAUAGGGGUGGUUGACUGUAUCCAUGUGGCAAUCAAGGCACCAAAUGCUGAAGACCUCUCCUAUGUAAACCGCAAAGGUCUGCAUUCUUUAAAUUGCUUGAUGGUGUGUGACAUCAGAGGAGCACUAAUGACUGUGGAGACAAACUGGCCAGGCAGCCUACAGGACUAUGCUGUACUGCAGCAGUCUUCUCUGAGUAGUCGGUUUGAAGCCGGGAUGCACAAAGAUAGCUGGUUUCUUGGUGACAGUUCCUUCUUUCUCCGCACCUGGCUCAUGACACCACUUCAUAUUCCUGAAACUCCAGCAGAAUAUCGCUAUAACAUGGCCCAUUCUGCAACUCAUAGUGUGAUUGAGAAGACUUUCCGAACCCUCUAUUCCCGAUUUCGCUGCCUGGAUGGAUCCAAGGGGGCACUGCAGUACUCACCAGAAAAGUCCAGCCAUAUCAUCUUGGCUUGUUGUGUCCUCCACAACAUCUCCCUAGAGCAUGGGAUGGAUGUUUGGUCCUCUCCAAUGACAGGACCCAUGGAACAGCCCCCUGAGGAAGAGUAUGAGCACAUGGAGUCCCUGGACUUAGAGGCUGACCGUAUCCGUCAGGAGCUGAUGCUCACUCAUUUUAGCUAAUGUUGACGGGGAGGAGGAAGACUUCCUAGAAGGAGUUGUGACAAACUUUCCCCCAUACCAUCUUCCACACAGUUCCAUCAUGUAGCAUAAGUGAGUGUGCGAACACUUGUCAUAAAUUGACAUUUAAUCUGUGUGUUUUAGAAGGAUUGAGGCUAUGCCAGAACAUCUUGAUUAAUUUACAAAUAUAUUAAGUAAACCAAAACCAAGAUAAUGAUUCCCUACUAUCCAAUGAACUCCAGGUUGAGCAUCAUUCACUUGAAAGCUCAUUGUUUGCAAACAUUUAUGAUUGUGCCUACUAAGUCAUAGUAAAGAAGAAAACAGCAAAUAGCCAAAACACUUCUUUUGGUUUCAAUUGUCUAUAGAUUUCAAAUGAAAACAAUAUUUGUUUGUUCUGAAUUAUUUGGGUAAUAUUUUAGUUUUUCUACUUUGUUGCCUAUAUAGGCAUCUGCCCCCAGUUAAGUGUGAAGAGUGAAUUUGAGUUGGGAAUGGUCUUCUGAAAUAGGUAAAUGGCUACUAAUUCAAGUUUGCAGCUUUGUGUUUUUAAGAGGAUGUUAAGGACAGACAGCCUUAAACCUCCAUUUUUAGCCUGUCUGCAAUAAUUGGACUGUGAUUUAGACCUCAUUCGUAGGGUGAACAUCUGGACUCCAGUCUUCUAUUUCCAACCCUGAGUCAGAGUUAGAGGCUAAAUGGGUUUAAGAACCCAAUCAGCUUAAAGAAAACAAUAGAUAUGGAUAAAAUAGCAAGCUUACACUUUACAAGGGCUCUAAGCACCCUGAUAGAUUGAUAAGCAUAGAUGAUUCACCCAAGUUUAGACAGCUCACAUCUAACUGGAUCACAUUUCUUAUGAUGUUAGCAUUUCUGUUUGGUCAUUCUGUUUUGAAAUUUCUUGUACAGAAGGAAGAUUUAGGGAAUAAAGAAGACAUGUGAAAGUAUUAAGGAGAAGUAAAAAGAAUAUAAUUUCUUGGUUUGAAAUGACCUCUGGAGUUAGACCUUGGAUAUCCUAUAUGCAGAGUGAUGGACAGAAUUGCCCAGGAAAUAAUCCCCCAGCAAGUCUUAUUCUAAAAUUACACUGAUGUAAAAAUAACCUGAUUGGAAUAAUGAAAGUGUGAAUUAGGUUUACACUUUGGUGCCUUUGCUGGGACAAAAGAUUUUCCUGAGGACUGUCUUGUUUCCAGUUUCUCACCAUGUGAUGCCUCUGAAUUGUCCUCUUGGAUCAUUUCCUACCUUGCCUUUGGCAGUGUUAAUCUGGUGAUUUUCAAAGUAAAGAAAUGAACAGCUGAUGACAGAAGAAAUUUGGAAAUAAAUUGAGGGUGACUCAUCCUCAAGAUUAAAAACAA